CUGUAGAUUGUCCAUAGGAAGAAGGAGUCAGUUGCAGUAGUCUCUUGGUGAACGGUUAGGAACACGACAGAGAUAUAGAGAAAUUACUUCCUUUGGCGGACUAAAUAAAGUUUUAAAAGACAAGGAGAGAGACUGAGGAUAAGAGGACGUGAGGAUUUGUAGGGUAGAAGAGGAGAUGGUAUAUCGGACGGUAUGGCGUCUAGAUAGUUUGGCUUUGAUAUGCGGCCUGGUGUUGUGCUGGCUGCCAAAUUCUCAGCCCUCUAAGGAGGUUGUGACGAACGAAUGGCACGUCCAUAUGAAUGACGAUGUGGGGAUUGAGGUGGCCAAGAGAGUGGCCAUGCGGACCGGAUUCUCCCUUAUCUCACCGGUAAUGGGCUCGGAGAGGGAGUUCCAUUUCGUCCACAGAGGUUUGCCGAAGCGGCGGAUGAGAAGGAGUAUAGGCCACACCCGAAUGCUGAGGGCCGACCCAAUGGUAGCACAAGCAUAUCAAAUAACAGGUUUUAUACGAUCAAAACGAGGUUUUAAGCCCAUGCAACGAGGAGUUCCCCUCGCGAAUGGUUUUAAAGGAGCAGGGCACAUAAACAAUCGACACGACUCACGAACACCAAAUGAUCCUUUAUACGAUAAGGAAUGGUACUUGAAAAAUGUUGGCCAAGCAGGAGGAAUACCAAAAUUAGAUUUAAACGUUGAAGCAGCAUGGGCUUUAAAUAUAACAGGAAAAGGCAUCACAACAGCAAUAAUGGACGAUGGCGUGGAUUACCUGCAUCCUGAUCUGUGGGAUAAUUUCAAUGCCGAAGCCAGCUACGAUUUCAGCAGCAAUGAUCCCUUCCCAUACCCCCGGUACACUGACGAUUGGUUCAACAGCCAUGGAACCAGAUGCGCCGGUGAGGUCGCCGCCAAAAGAGAUAACGGUAUAUGUGGAGUUGGUGUCGCAUAUGAUUCAAAGAUUGCGGGUCUAAGAAUGCUCGACCAGCCCUACAUGACUGACUUGAUCGAAGCCAACUCCAUGGCACACAAGCCCGAACUGAUUGACAUCUACAGCGCAAGCUGGGGACCAACUGAUGAUGGCAAGACCGUGGAUGGGCCAAGAAAUGCAACCAUGCGCGCUAUCGUCAAUGGCGUCAACAACGGACGAAAAGGCAAGGGAAGCAUCUACGUGUGGGCUUCAGGUGAUGGUGGACCGGACGAUGACUGCAACUGUGAUGGUUAUGCUGCCAGCAUGUGGACAAUCUCCAUCAACUCUGCCACCAAUGAUGGUCAGACCGCCAGCUAUGACGAGUCGUGCUCCUCUACGCUGGCCUCUACCUUCUCCAAUGGAAAGAGCUGGUUCAUGGACGCCGGAGUGGCUACAGUGGAUCUGUACGGAGAAUGUACACUAAAGCACUCUGGAACUUCCGCGGCUGCACCAGAAGCUGCUGGCGUGUUUGCGCUGGCUCUUGAGGCCAACCCUGCUCUUACCUGGCGUGACAUGCAGCACCUGACCGUGCUCACCUCCAAGAGGAACCACCUCUACGACCGCAGCGAGAAGCACAACUGGACAAUCAACGGCGCCGGACUGGAGUUCAACCACCUGUUCGGCUAUGGGGUCCUUGACGCCGGAGACAUGGUGGACCUUGCCCUCCACUGGAGAGGUACACCUGAGCGAUACCACUGCACGGCUGGAUCCAAGAAAGAGAAGAAUCAUUUCCGCACCGGCGAGGUCCUGAUCCUCACGAUCAACACUGAUGCCUGCAAGGGCGAUGACAACCAGGUCAAAUAUCUUGAACAUGUCCAAUCAUUCAUAACUCUGAAAUCCUCAAGACGCGGUGACGUCACCAUGUUCUUGACUUCUCCUAUGAAUACAACGUCAAUGAUUUUGAGCAAGAGGCCACGUGACGAUGAUGACAAAGAAGGCUUCGUUAAGUGGCCAUUUAUGACAACACACACAUGGGCAGAGAACCCACGAGGGGAAUGGCGUCUUUCUAUCAUCUUUGAUUCCGAGCAAGCCCAGGAAGGCACGAUCUUCGAGUGGACUCUCCUCCUCCACGGCACGCAGAAACCACCGUACGCAAACCAGAAGGUCCCCGGUAGUCCCCAUUCCAAGCUUGCGGUCGUCAAGCGGGAACACCAGGGUCCCAAUUUCAGAUUUGAUUAAACAUCGAAUCUGAUCUCGAAAGAGAUAAAAGCAUUUCAGCGAAAAGGCAGACUGAUGAAAAAUUGAUGGUCUCUCCGAUGGCCAAAAUAGCUAGUCUUAGAGGUCACCAGCAGAGGUCGUUACACGCCUGUUUCCAUGACGUCAGUACAGUCGAUUUGGCUUUGUAAGACAAGGACUUUACUCUUUGGAAGUGACGUCCAUGGAAACGUUUGAUCGAAGGAUUUGCAACAUUCAUCUACUCCUUGGAGUAGAAUUGAUCAUCUAAUACUUUGGGUGAAGAUUAGCCAUCCAUUUCUCAUUCUGCUUCUUCGUGUAGAAUUGUUAGGUUGUUUUAUUAACGUUGUAUAUAUUGUAAAUGUAGGCGUUAACGGGUGAUACACAGAUAAUGGGGCCACGGAUUGCAGUCGCCGCGGAAUACGUUUUCCAAUCAAGAUUUUAUUAUUGAUUUAAUUCAGUUACAUGUAAUAUAUUUUAUAACUAUUUCUUCAGCAUCAAAUGAGUCUAGCCAUAUACCAAUUUCCAAAAAACAACUUUCUUGGCAUAAUUUUCUUCAAUAUUUGAUAUAUACAAUGUACAUGUACCAUGGGGCAUCAUACAGGGACAGCCCGUGGUGAAUACCCGACUAUUGAGAAAUCUCAGUUGUUGGAUAACGUCAUCCGCGGCUUAGAAAGUGGUAUGUCAGUCAUUUUAAAAAAAUCCGGCGGACAGUAUUUCAGUUUUCAAUGUAGGCAACCUGGAAAGCUGACUUGCAGAGCGAGAAAGCCAAAGAUGGAAACUGAUAUAUGUCUCUUAUAACCAAAUGGCUAUAUUAAAAACAUAUCUUCUCUGUACCAAACAUACUCAGACUUUAGAAUAAUACGACUUCAAAGAAGCCAAAGUAGCAUAGGGCGGUUUCCUUGAAAGUCGACAUAACGAAAAUAUAAGUGGACGAGAGUCUAUUAAGAAAUGUUACUUCAUAGCGAAGCUGGUGUCGAUUUCAACAAAAAGGAAAAGGAAUUCGCUCUGUGGACUAAAGUCAGUGAUUACAUAAUCGCCGAAACUUAUCAAUGUUGAUAUCAAGGCCUACGCUUUUUGUGUACAUUGCCUUUUUUGUAUGGCUCAGGUAAAUAGCAAAAGUUUGAUAUAGUGUAUUCAUUCGCUGCCUUUGACAUUCAUAGUAUUUGUUUAUCAGUCUCCACGACGGCACUGGUAAACUAUGUAUGCAGUACGUAUUUUCACGAUUGGAAAUUUGAAUUUUUUGGAACGAAUGGAGUAGACCUUUAAGCAACAUUUCGAUGGAAUUCAUCACACGAGAACGUGUUGGUUUUGACGACAUUCUGCGGAUGCGACCAUUUGGCUGCUUUGAAGUGGAAUUACUGAUGUUUAUAUCUAUUAUGUCUUCGUAAGUAUUUGCAGCGGAGAUCAGUGCACAUCUGUAUAUACAUUAUAUGCCAUACUGCAAAGACAUUUCGUUUAUGCUUUCGGUGGGCGCAGGCUCCUAACAUCACUUGGGGAAUGGUGCCGUUACUUAUGGUGUCAUACGAGGUCGAGGGUAGAUAUUUUUCAAAAGCUCGCAUCUUGGCCGGAUUUAGAACCCAUUCGAUGCACAGCGUGCAAAUAACUACUCUGACUCACGACUGUUUUUGCAGGAUGGUGCACGUAUCAAUCAGGCUUUGGAUAUUUUAUCGUGAUUUUUAUUGUGGUUGUGAUAAUGUUCCUUGUAAUGCCUUAUUCUAACGACAACACGGCGGCGGCGGGGAGGGGUUUUAGGGUAACAAAGCCUGAUAAGUUGCGGAUAUCCUUUGCUCAAUAAUCAUACCUUGAAGCGUUAAAAAGCGGGUUUGACAACUAAUUCGUUUAUUUCUGUUGCCUUUUUCAUAUAGCUUUUGAUAAGAAAAAACUCGAUUCCUUAACAAAUGCAUCACAUCAGACUGAAGAUUACAGUGCUUUUGUCUUUAUUAACUCUCCUCCCUUGAUUCAAAGAGGGACCAAGUGAGACUACACUGAUGGAAUAAGGCAUUCCUUGGAAACUAUAAUAUUUACCUAUAGCACAUAUUGUGAUUGUCAACAUACGUACACAUACUGUCGUCCGGUUUCAACUCAACGAAGUCAGCAAGAUAGCAUUUGAAGAAAUGCUUUUACAGCUGAAGACAACGUGACGCUUUUUAGGCAUAUUUUCAUUCUACGUUCAGGUAAGGUCCUGUGAAUGCAUAUCCCAAUUUCAUUCAUCUCGGGUGGAAAAGUACGGUUAAAUGUGCCAGUCGAUCACUUGGCAACAGUCACAAGUGGCGGGGUUUGGAGAUUGAAGUUUGACGUGAACGAACCACAUUGCUUCCCAAUAUUCUCACUAUAAUGCGGGCGGUAACAAGCCGCAGUGAGACGAUUGAAAACCAGUAGUGAUCCUUGGUAAGCUUUGAUAUGGCGUAUGUAGACAAUGGCGUAAGCAACGUGAAAUUGAAAUGUGCUUCGAUAUACUUCCUUCCUUAACUAUCCUUUCUGGUUCUUGAUUUUGCCAAAGUACAAUGUGCAACUAUUUCACUGAGGAAUACGGACGCGAGACUUAAUGUUGAAGCCGGCAUUUUUCUGAGACACCCCGAUGUGCAAUACAUGUAACUUUACUUUGUGAUACACCUCGCGCGUGAACUGAAAUUGAAUUCCAGUCGCUAUAGGUCACAUGACGCCUUUUUCCCUAUUUCUAGUCUAAAUUCGUUUGUUGAUCGAACAGAAAGCAUUCGCUUCUUUUCGCUCCUGAACGUAAAAACCGUGAUAAACGCAUGUAUCCCAUUUUUUUCUUGGAAAAUUGGUAUAAAUUGUUGUUAUAUCGGGUAUAUAAAGUGAUAUGUCAACCAAAUAAAUAAAAUAUUUUGAAAUCUUGUGCCCCUUAAA